UCAACGAGCCCGUCUCCCCCUCCCUCCCUCUCUCUCUCUCUCUCCUCCGAGUCUAGCGGGCACGAGCGCACAGCCACCGUCACGCUCCGCCGCUGAUAUGCCUUCGCUCUGACAUGUGCCGUCGGCUGGGGGCGACCCGCCUGAUAUACCGCGCUCGCAUUUCAAAUUACGUGAAGGCCGGCCUCAUCGACCAAGCCAUCCAGGUGUUCGACCAAAUGUCCCGCUCAGACUGCCGCGUCUUUUCCAUCGACUACAACCGCUUCAUUGGCGUCUUGGUCCGCCAGACCCGCUUCGAGUUAGCCGAGAGUUACUAUUACCAGAUGACCCUCCGGGGCUUUUCGCUCACCUCGUUCACCUACUCCCGCUUUGUCUCCGGCCUCUGCAGGGUCAAGAACUUUGCUCUCAUCGAUAAGCUCCUUCCCGACAUGGAUAAGGUCGGGUGCAUGCUUGAUAUUUGGGCUAGUAACAUUUAUUUGAAUCUUCUGUGUGAUGAAAAUCGCGUGGAGUUGGCCGUGGAGGUGUUGGAUAGGAUGGUAGAGCUAGGGAGUGAGCCUGAUGUUGUGACUUAUACUAUUCUCAUCGACGGGUUGUGUAAAGCAGGAAGACUCGAUGCUGCAGUCGAAAUGUGGCAUCGUAUGAUUGGCCAGGGAUUCAUCCCGGAUAAAAUCGCGUGCACAGCGCUUGUUGUUGGGCUCUGUGUUGGAGGAAAGGUUGAUUUAGCAUAUGACCUUAUAAUUGAUGUAAUGAAGGGUGGUCAAGCUGAGAUCACUUGUUUAAUUUAUAACGCAUUAAUAAGUGGGUUUUGUAAAUCUGGUAAGAUUGACAAGGCGCUAGCGAUUAAAUCCUUUAUGGGGAGAAAUGGAUGCAAUCCUGAUUUGGUUACGUAUAAUAUCUUGUUGAAUUACUGUUGUGACAAGCUUAUGUUGGAGGAGGGAGAGAAAUUGAUGAAGAGGAUGGAGAGGGAUGGAUUGCAACCUGACAUUUAUACUUAUAAUCAACUUUUAAAGGGCCUUUGUAAAGCCAAGCAGCUUGAUCGUGCUCACAGCCUGAUGGUGAACGAGAUGCAAGUAAAAGGGUUGUGUGAUGUUGUGUCAUAUAAUACGCUAAUGGCAGCAUUCUCUGAGGAUCGUCAUACACGAAGGACUUACGAGCUAUUUGAAGAAAUGUGUCGAAAGGAAAUUGCACCAGAUGUUGUUACAUUCACUGUUCUUAUCAAUGCUUUCCUUAGAGAUGGCAGUUCUGAUAUUGCGAAGGAACUUCUCGAUCAGAUGUCAGGGAUGGAUAUAUUUCCUGAUCGAAUUUUGUAUACUACUAUUAUUGAUCACUUCUGUAAGUCCGGUAAAGUUACAAUAGCUGAGAAAAUAUUCAAUGACAUGGUGGAGAAAGGAAUUUCGCCAGAUGUGGUUUUGUACAAUGCUAUCAUCAAUGGACUUUGCAAGUCUUCUAAAGUAAAAGAAGCAAUGCAUCUGUAUGAACAAAUGCAAGCUAGCGGAUGCCAUGCUGAUGCAGUAACUUAUAAGUUGAUUAUUAGUGGACUCAUUUGUGAAAAGAAGCUCUCUGUUGCUUGUAAAGUAUGGGAUGAAAUGAUGGAGAAAGGAUUUACACUUGACAGCUCUAUUUCUGAGACACUCAUUAGUGCAAUCCAUUCAGUAGAUUCUGCAGGAUAAAAGGUCAAAAGCUGCCGCAUUACCUUUUCUCUUUCUGCCAUGCCUGGACGAAGACGUGCUUUUGGCUAGACUAUGGUCUCCAGCCUUUUUCGUGACAAUUAUGUUGUUACAAGAUGAGAUAGCCCCCAGUAGAUGAACUCUUGCUGCACAGAUGGUGAACAGCUUCAUUCAUGAGUCGUCUGCUCAGACUUAAGUGGCUGUUGCUCAGAAUGAAGUGGAUUCAAGGUGAGUUAUAUGCUUUACAGCAGUGGCUUGAAAAAUUGGAUGCUGUCAUGUUUCAGGAAGAAUAUCUUUGUUGUCCUUGCUUUCAGAGACAAUUUUUGAGGUAUGGAGAGGGUUUCAACCAAGACUUUUGCGCUGUUAAUUAUGAUAGAGAAGGAUGCCAAUCGAACGAUUGUGAAAUUACCGUGCUAGCUCUCUGAAGCAGAUUGGAUAUUUAGUCCUUUCCG